AUGUCUCGUCACAGUAUUUUCCUCAAAACAGCCAAUAUUGUUGCCUUUCUCUUAGUUAUCGUUGUUAAUUCUAUCAUACAUGUGGGUGACGAACGUAAACAACCGGAUACUGAACCAGGCGAUAAUAACACUUUAUCAUUUGAAAACGAUAACGGAACAGUUCCAGUAACCCACCUUUUACCUGCAGAAUAUACUUUUAAAAUUUGGUAUCUUAUUUAUACCUUACUUGGCGGUUUUAUCAUUUAUCAAUGGACCGAUGCUGCUGAAUCUGUAACCGUUGAGGGAAUUCAAUAUUAUCAUGUUGCUGCCAGCAUUUUGAACGUUACCUGGUUAUUGAUUUGGCGCAACGAGAAUCUCGUUCUCCUCGAUGCUUUUGUCCUUGCAGCCCUCUUUUUAGUCACUUUCCGAGCAUAUAAUAUUAUUACGGAAUACUAUCCUCCAAAGGUUAUUUGGGAUCGAAUUUUCAUUCAUUACCCUUUUACAAUGUAUGCGGCGUGGACUUUUGUAGCGACAAUUUUGAACUUUUGGGCAGCAAUUUCCACACUUGAUACCGUAUUCUUGUCCACCAUUGCCAUCGCAUUUCUUGGAGCUAUUGGAGUUUACUUUUCUGAUUACCAUAAAAGAAAUGACGCCGUCUUUGCGGCUACCAUCGCUUGGGCACUUGUUGGUAUUGCGGUUAAACAACAAGAUACGGUUCCAAUUUUGAUUGCUUCAUCUGUCGCUUCUGGUUUGAUAUUAGGAGGUGUUCUGAGAGUUUUGGUUAGACGGUUUGUCGCUUGGUGGAAUUUAAGACAAAUUAGAUAUAAUCCCGAAACCGAUCGUUUAAUUCCAUAA